AGUAUAUAAAUAUGCACAGCCCAUCUACACGACACAGCAUCUUUCUCCGAACAAAGCGGAGCUCCGACCGAGUAGCAGAGGAGACAUGGCCCCGACCAGAAACCGAAACCCGUUUAAGAUUGUGCUUGGUUCAAAAUCAAUGGCUAGGAAAAGAAUUCUAGCUGAGAUGGGAUAUGAGUUCACAGUCGUGACUGCAGAUAUAGAUGAAAAAGAAAUUAGAAAAGAAAAGCCUGAAGAUUUGGUAAUGGCUCUGGCUGAGGCCAAGGCAGAUGCUAUAAUAUCAAGACUGGAAAAGACUAGUGAAAUGGAGGAGGAGGAUGAUGGUCAUGUCACAUUGUUAAUUACUGCAGACACAGUGGUGGUUUACAAAGGGAUGAUCAGAGAAAAGCCAUCCAGCAAGGAAGAAGCAAGAGAAUUUAUCAAAGGUUAUUCUGGUGGUCAUGCAGCAGUUGUGGGAUCUGUACUUGUGACCAACUUGAAGACUGGAAUAAAGAAAGGAGGAUGGGAUAAGGCAGAGGUUUAUUUCCACGACAUACCAGAAGAGGUCAUUGACAAUAUGAUUGAGGAGGGAAUUUCACUCAAUGUUGCUGGAGGUCUGAUGCUGGAGCAUCCAUUAACACUGCCCUUUGUUGACACUGUGGUGGGAACAGCUGAUACUGUGAUGGGACUUACUAAAGCUCUCACAGAAAACCUCAUUGAUGAAGCUCUAUAGCUCUUACUGCACUCAUUGCAAGUCCUAAUGUAUGAAGUUUAUGUUCCUGAAUCCUCUUCAUUCCCUUUUUGUCAUCUCCUUAUGGUUGAUAACUGAUAAAGAAUCCAAGAUAAAGAAAUGGGAAAAAACAAGAAUGAUUGAUUGUGAAGUUCGAUUCUGCCAUUUAGGCUAGUAGUUCUAUUGACAAGUAUUUCGGUAUUUAGAACAUAAUAUUUUUUUUUAUAAUAUUAUGAAGUAAUACAUGCAAAGAAAUUGUUGAGAUA